AUGGCAACUUUUACGACUUCUUCCAAAGUUCAGCAGGAAAAAUAUGAUGUUUUUGUUAGUUUUAGAGGUUCAGACAUCAGACGUGGAUUUCUUAGCCAUUUGACAAAGCUGUUACGACUAAAGAGCAUAGGUGUGUAUGAGGAUGAGAGGUUAGAAAGAGGAGAUGAAAUAUCAUCUGCACUUUUGAAAGCAAUAGAAAGAUCAAGAAUUGCGCUGGUGAUAUUCUCAAAAGACUAUGCUUCUUCAAGAUGGUGCUUAGAAGAGCUAGAGAAAAUCAUGGAAUGCAAGCGAGCCAAUAAUCAGAUUGUAAUUCCAAUUUUCUAUAAUGUGGAGCCAUCACACGUUAGGCAUCAAGAAGAAUCCUAUGCAAAUGCAUUUGCUCACCAUAAGCAGAAAUUCAAAGAUGACUUGUUGCAAGUUUGGAGAUCUGUCUUAAAAGAAACUGCAAACUUGUCUGGUUAUCAUCAUUCCUCAAAUUUUCAAAAUGAAUCCGAUCUUAUUGAUGGAAUAAUCAAAGAUGUAUCAAAAAAGCUAGAAGGUAAAGACACAAUUGAGCCAAAGCGUCUUAUUGGAAUUGAAGAAAAUUUGGCUACUAUUGAAUCAUUUAUGAAAGAUGACUCACAAAAAGUUGGAGUUCUGGGAAUUUGGGGUAAGGGAGGGGUAGGUAAAACAGCCUUGGCUCGUGCCACAUUUGAUAAGUUUUCCCACCAAUUUGAUAGUUCUUGCUUUGCAGAAAAUAUCAGAGAGGAAUCAAAAAAGAUUGGAUUGACUUGUUUACUUGAAAAAAUUCUCAUUGUUCUACUAAAUGAAGAAAACCUCACAAUAGUUGGAAUGCCUAAUAUUCAAAGGAGGCUACGUCAAACAAGAGUUCUUCUAGUGCUUGAUGAUGUAGACACUCCCAGUCAAUUACAAUAUCUUGUUGACGAAAAUCUUUCAUUGGGACCAAGCAGCAAAGUCAUCAUAACAAGUAGAGACAGGCAUGUUCUUCUUAGUGGAGGAGUUCAUGAAGUACAUGAGGUGAAGGAAUUAAGCAAGGAAGAAUCGCUUCAACUUUUCUGCCGACAUGCUUUUAAGCAAUGCCAUCCCAAACAAGGAUAUGAAAAGUUAUCAAUGCAGGUAAUUGAAUAUGCAAAAGGUCUUCCUCUGGCAUUAAAAGUUUUGGGUUCAUAUUUGAGCUCUAGAAAUACAAAAGCAUGGGAGAGUGCCCUUAAAAAAUUGAGAAAGAAUCCAAAUAGGGAAAUUCAAGCUGCAUUGAGGGUGAGCUAUGAUGGACUUGAUACACUAGAAAAGGAGAUAUUUUUAAAUAUUGCAUUCUUCUUCAGGGGAGGAAAGAAAGAAGAUAUCAUGAAGGUGCUAGAUGCUUGUGAUGAUGACCUCUACAUGGAUAUUGGAAUAGAUAGGCUUCUAGAUAAAGCACUUAUAACUAUUUCAAGUGAUAGUAGAGUAGAAAUUCAUGAUAUGCUACAAGAAAUGGCUGAAGAAAUAGUUCGUGAGGAAUCUAGAGAGCACCCUGAAAGUCGAAGUCGAUUAAAUGAUGCAAAAGAAGUUCAAGAUAUACUGGAAAAUAACAAGGGAACUGAUAUAAUUGAAGGCAUUGCAUUGAACCCACAUGAGUUAAAAAGUGACAUACACUUGAGUGCUGACGCUUUUAGAAGAAUGAGUAAUUUAACAUUUCUCAAGAUUGGUCCUAAUUUUGGAGGCAAAUAUAAAGUGCUUUUUCCUUUUGGUUUGGAGUCACUUCCUAAUAAACUAAGAUAUUUUUGUUGGAAAGAUUAUCCAUUGGAGACUCUACCGCAAGGUUUUUGUGCAGACAAACUUGUUGAAAUCCAAAUGCCUUGUAGCAAAGUUGUAAAACUAUGGGAUGGUGUGCAGGAUUGUAUGAAUUUGAAGAUACUAAAUCUUGCUUGUUCGCGGGAGUUAAGGGAGUUGCCUGAUUUCUCCAUGGCACAAAAUCUUGAAAUAAUGGACCUCAGUUAUUGUAGAAGUUUAUGUAGUAUUCAUCCAUCAAUCUUGUCUCUUCCUAAACUUGUUUCUUUGAAUCUAGAGGGGUGCAUUGAACUAAAGAAUCUUCAUGGGGAUAACCAUUUGAAACCUCUCAAGGAACUCAAGCUAGCAUUGUGCCCUGCUCUCGAGGAAUUUUUGUUAUCAUCAGAAGAAAUGAGAAGUUUACAUUUGAAUUGUACAAGUAUCAAAACAUUAAACUUGCCAGUUGGACGGUUUAAUAAACUUGAAGAGCUAUAUCUCAGUGGACUUCUCAGGAGCUUUCAAGUAAAAGAGCUAAGUAGCUUGACAUCUCUUAAAGUAUUCUCUCUUGGUGGUUUUAAAGGCAAAAUAGACAAAUCAGAAUUAGUCAUUUUGUUUGAUGCGUGGCGUUCUUUAGAAGAACUGUAUUUGACGUACUGCAUGAUUUGUGAGAUCCCUGACAAUAUCAGUGCCAUGUCAUUGUUGAAGAUUCUAUCACUACGAGAAAGCAGUGUUAAGAGUUUGCCAAAUAGCAUCAAGCAUCUUUCAGAGCUCAGAGAAAUUGAUUUGCGUCAAUGCAAGAGGCUUAGGUCCUUACCAGAACUUCCACCUUCCCUUGCUGACUGUUAUCUCCACGACUGCCAAUCACUAGAGACCUUUGGUUUCCCACUGAUGCGAGCAAUACAUAACUCUAGUGAGGUUAGAGUUUGUUAUCCCGGAAGCAUAAUCCCAAAGGGCUUCAAACAUUCUCAGACCGCUAAGAGGUCCAUUACUAUUGAGCUUGCACCAGCUUCUUCUGACCAUUUAUUGGGUUUCGCUUCUUGUUGUAUUUUUUCAGGAUGGAAAUUCGACUUUCACCAACAAGUUGACAGAAAAUUCCACUUUGAGGAUGAAAUGAUCUAUUACAGGGGUGACGACAAACUCAUGUACCUUGAGGAUCCAAGGAUAGAUCAUAUUUUUUUAUGGUAUAAUCCAGGGGAUCGCAUGCUGAAGGAAAACCAAAGAAGGCGAUUUGAUGAGGGUGCCACUCGCAAGUUUACAUGUGAAUUCGCCAUUGGAGAUUCCCCUCAUAGUUUGCUUGGAUAUGAUCGCGGGAUAAAAGGGUGCGGAAUUUGGCCAAUAUAUGCAUCAGAAAUACAGGAGAAAAUGGAAUUAAGACUGGAGACGAAUGCUGCUACAGCCAAUACCUGGCAGCACCCUAAUGCUGAAGUGUCCCAACAUCAGCCAGCACGUGAUUCCGUUAGAAGAAGCACUCGUGUGCUCCAAAGGACAAGGAACUUGACCACAAUGCUUUACUCUUUGAGAACCAAGAGAGGCUGA